UUGCCAACAGACGCCAAAAUAGAGCGUGUCGCGGACAUAAAGGACAAGUUGGAACGCUGUUCCAUAGCCCUAACCACCGGUUAUUCGGGUAUUCCCGUCAAUGAUAUGACCGAUUUGCGGCGCCGGAUGCGGGAUGCCGGAGUAGAGUUCGUUGUAGUCAAGAAUACGCUGGCCAACCUGGCCGCCGAGGAAGCCAACGUGCCCCAAUUCAGCGAGAUAAUUGAGGGACCCACGGCAAUAGCCUUCGGCUACGACGACCCGGUGGACACCGCUCGCGCAGUGAAUGAUUACAUUCGGGCAACCAGGUCCCCCCUGGCAAUCCUUGGUGCAAUCAUGGGGCCCGGACCCGUCCUGCAACGCACCGAGGUGGAACGGUUGGCGACUUUGCCGUCCAAGCCCCAAUUGAUAGCGAACCUGCUGGGACAAAUGCAGGCGCCCUUAUCCAGGUUGCUGGGUGUCCUCAAUGGGCCCCUGCAGAAUCUGGACGGUCUGCUUCAAGCACGAAUUCGCCAGUUGGAAGAGAGUGCAUAG